GAAACAAUUAGUCAGCGAUAGGUAUCAGAAAGAGAGGACUUCAGAAUAUUCUCUCUUUUCUUGUAAGAAGCCACCAACCACCCCCUCCAAAAAAAAUGUUAUUUUAAGUGAAAGACCACUGCACACAAACAUGGAUCCUGAAACCAUGGUCAUGCCAUUUAUUCUGAUCGUGCUUUUCUUCCCAUUUUGCACUUCCGUUGACACCUUAACACCAGAUCAAUCCAUCAAGGAUGGCCAGUCUUUGAUUUCCAACAAAAAUAAUUUCGCCUUAGGCUUCUUCAGUCCCGGCAAUUCUAGCUACCGGUAUCUUGGUAUUUGGUUUGUCAAAGUGCCAAAACAAACUAUAGUGUGGGUGGCAAACAGGAAUGAUCCUAUUAUUGAUUCCUCUGGUGUUCUCUCCAUCAACCCCUAUGGAAACCUUGUCCUCCAUGACAGUUCUAAGCGUCUUCUUUGGUCUACAAAUGUGUCUUUCCAGGGGACAACCUAUGUUGCACAGCUUCAAGAUUCAGGAAAUUUGGUAUUGGUCCAAGGCAAUGACGAAAAGGUUAUAUGGCAAAGCUUUGAUCAUCCUACAGAAACACUGCUUCCAGGCAUGAGGCUUGGGUUGAAUCGGAUAACUGGGUUAGACAGGUUCUUGACAUCUUGGAAGUCACAAGAUGACCCCGGAACUGGGGACUACUUCUGUAAGAUAAAUCCUACUGGCUCUCCACAAUUCGUCUUGUAUAAGGGUUCGACUUUAUAUUGGCGGUCAGCUCCAUGGCCGUGGCCCACAUCAUUAUCAUCGAGUUUUAAGUCUUAUUUUGUUAACAACGAAGAUGAGGUAUCUUACGCCUACUUUUUCGAUGACGCCUACAUCAUUUCUAGACUAGUGCUUCACAACUCUGGAUUGGUCCAGCACCUUAUGUGGAAUGACGGUGAUCUUCAAUGGAAGGAAUACUGGUCAGCACCUAAAUACCGGUGUGACAACUAUAGACACUGUGGUGCAUAUGGUAAGUGUGGUCCCGAGUCUGCCAGUUUUAAUAGGUUUGAGUGUACUUGUUUGCCUGGGUAUGAACCCAAGUCUCCGAAGAAUUGGUAUCACAGAGAUGGUUCUGAGGGGUGUGUGAGGAAGCAGUUGGGGUUGUCAAUGUGUGGGAAUGGAGAAGGGUUUGUGAAGGUGGAGCUUUUGAGGGGUCCUGAUUCAUAUAAUGCAGUUUGGAUGAACAUGAGUAUGAGUAGCUCAGAGUGCGAGCAGGCAUGCCUGCGAAAUUGCUCUUGCACAGCUUUUGUCAGCAUAAAUAUUGAUGGGAAGGGGACCAGUUGCUUGGCAUGGUAUGGUGAAUUGAUUGACGUUUCGGAGAAUUCAUAUGAAAGGUGGGAUCUAAACGUACGUGUAGAUGCAACUGAGUUAGCUGCUUACAAAAGGAAGUCCAAUGGUUUUCUUGGCCACAAGAGGAAGCUGGCUAUUACAAUAAUGUCUGUUAUGGUGACAUUGUUUCUGGUAUGCUUGAUAGGCUAUAUAUGCCUAAUGAAGAAGAGAAAAACAUCCCCCUCCAAAAAAAAAAAGGAUGAGGAAAACAAAAGGACAGUGAAGAGAAAAUUGCACCAUCAGUCAUUAUAUUUUAACGGUACCAUGGGCUAUGUGGAGGGAAAUGAGCUGGAGGAGAAUAGUAGACAUCCAGAUUUAUUCAUCUUUGAUCUAAGCUGCAUGGUUGCUGCCACUGACAAUUUCUCUCCAAUCAACAAACUGGGACAAGGUGGCUUCGGUUCUGUUUUUAAGGGUCAAUUAUCUAAUGGACAACAAGUAGCCGUAAAAAGGCUAUCCAACAGUUCUGGACAAGGAAUAGAGGAAUUCAAAAAUGAAGUUAUGUUAAUUGCAAAACUUCAACAUAGGAAUCUUGUCAAGCUUUUUGGUUGUUGCAUUCAAGGGGAAGAAAAGAUGUUGAUUUAUGAGUACAUGCCCAACAAAAGCUUAGAUUUCUUCAUUUUUGACCAUACAAGAAGUUCAUUGCUUAAUUGGGGGAAACGCCUUGAAAUCAUUAUUGGGAUCACUCGUGGGAUUUUGUAUCUUCAUCAAGACUCAAGAUUAAGAAUUAUACAUAGAGAUCUUAAAACUAGCAAUGUUCUCCUAGAUGGUGAGAUGAAUCCUAGAAUUUCAGAUUUCGGGAUAGCUCGUAUAUUCAAAGGGGACCAAAUUCAAGACAAGACAACUAGAGUUAUCGGAACAUAUGGUUAUAUGUCACCAGAGUAUGCAAUAUUUGGAAAAUUUUCAACAAAAUCAGAUGUCUUUAGUUUUGGUGUCAUAUUGUUGGAGAUCAUUAGUGGCAAGAAGAAUAACAUUUCUUAUCAAACACACCCUUCCCUAACUUUGAUAGGGCAUGUCUGGGAACUAUGGACAGAAGAUAGAGCCUUGGAUAUAGUUGAUUCAUCGAUUAUUGAGUCAAUUGUUUCUCAUGAAGUCUUGAGAUGCAUUCAAAUUGGGCUCUUAUGUGUGCAAGAAGAUGCAACGGAUCGACCAACAAUGUUGGCAAUUCUUCUCAUGCUAAGUUGUGAAACAACUCUUCCUUCUCCGAAUCAACCUGCUUUUGUUUUCAGAAGACCUACCAAGGAUAUGGGAUCAGUCACAAGAAAGGAGUUUUAUUCUAUAAAUGACGUGACAAUAACUACGUUUGAAGCUCGCUAAAAGGUAAUGAUUGAUGCAUCUAAAUUGCUUCUAUAAGGAUUUAUGGGAACAAUUAACAUUUUACUCUGUUUAUAAAAACAAAUAUAAUUCUUAUUCUUUUUUUUCUUCUUUCUUUCCUUUUGUACCAGGUGAUCUAAAAGUAAAAUGUAAGUGUUAGAGAAUAUAGCCUACUUCAGUGGAUUGUACUUUCCCCUAACAUCUGAAUAUAUAUAUUACUGCAAUGCAAGCCUCAUAUGCUAAUAAGUAAUAAUUGAAACAUAUUAGAGAAUGAUGUAACCUACAGACAAUUUCCUGUGCUCCAGGCAUAAGAACUUUUAGGAAAGCUAAAAGGCAAACAUGCAGUCUGUGGUGGAUAGUACUGUAGGAACAAUGUUCUUUUAAUUUUUCAAGUAAAUAUCCUCGCCAUAAUCAAAUGACAGGACUAUGUUUUCUGUUUAUUUUCACUUAUUAAUAGCUUAUUUAGUCUAAUCACCU